AAAAAGUCGUUGCGUUGCAAUAGCUUAUGACUUAUGACUUUUCUUCAGUUGACGCCCAUACUCUUUCUUUUUCUUUCUCUCUCCAAUAACACCUACCCGCCAAUUUCUCUCUCUAAAACGUAAAAAAUGACUACAACUUUUGUCCACAACCGUAACCAAUCCUCCGGUCACCGGAGUGCGCCGGACCGAAUAUCCCGUUAUUCCGAUGUCAGCACCUCCAACCAGUCAACAGUCUCCUCCUCCUCCUCCUCCAGCGGCCGUAAUCCAGUAGUGGCCGUUGCCAUGUCGGUCGCCGGAUUGUUUGCCACUUGCUUCACGCCGCCGGAUUCCAGCAAUUCCAAGAGUCUCGCUGAUUCCGAAGAAUUCAAAUCCUCUUCUGUUGCGUCAAAUACUUCAACAGCUGAUAGUCAAAGAGGUAGUCAGAGAGGUCGUGGCUCAAAGCGAGGUACCAUCAUCGGUUUAUACAACAACGCAAUCCAGGGGAACGAGCCCGGCAUUGUGAAAUACACCAUGGAGGAAAUCAUCCAAGUCACUAAAAACUUCUCUCCUUCUUUCAAGAUUGGCCAAGGAGGUUUUGGUGCAGUCUACAAGACCAAACUCCUGGAUGGAACCAUUGUUGCAGUAAAGCGAGCUAAGAAGACUAUGCACGAGAAACAUUUAGGUGUGGAGUUCCAAAGCGAGAUCCAAACACUAUCAAGGGUCGAACAUUUGAACUUGGUAAAGUUCUAUGGAUAUUUGGAUCAAGGUGAUGAAAAAAUCAUUGUUGUGGAGUAUGUUCCUAAUGGAACACUCAGAGAACAUUUAGAUUCAGGCAUUCAUGGAAACGUUCUGGAACUUGCUGCUCGUCUAGAUAUUGCAAUUGAUGUAGCUCAUGCUCUCACCUAUCUUCAUAUGUAUAUGGAUCAUCCUAUCAUUCAUAGAGACAUAAAAUCUUCCAACAUUCUCCUCACCGAGAAUUUUCGAGCUAAGGUAGCAGACUUUGGUUUUGCUAAACAAGCACCUGACAGUGAUUCUGGCAUGACCCAUAUCUCCACCCAAGUUAAAGGAACAGCUGGAUACUUGGACCCUGAAUACUUGAAAACCUAUCAGCUAACCGAAAAGAGCGACGUCUAUUCAUUCGGUGUUUUGCUUGUUGAACUUGUCACAGGCAGACGCCCCAUUGAACCAAAAUUCGAACUCAAAGAGAGAAUAACAGUGAAAUGGGCUAUGAAGAGGUUUAUUGACGGAAACGCCAUCUCAGCCUUGGACCCAAGACUGGAUCAAACUUAUGCAAAUAAUUUGGCCUUAGAAAAGAUACUUGAACUAGCUUUACAGUGUUUGGCUCCUCAUAGACAAAGCAGGCCAAACAUGAAGAGAUGCGCGGAGAUCCUUUGGGCCAUUCGCAAGGAUUACAGAGAGCUAUCUGUUUCAGACUUUCGAUCAUAUUCCACUACUUCCCAAAGGAGCACCUCAUUGUGAGAGUGACAAUGAUAGAGUUAAUCUUAGGCAACAACACUUGCAUCAAAGAGGAGAGGAAGUUAGUAAACAAUAAGCAUAAAAAAUAUAAAGCAUUAAAAAAAAGUUAAGAGAAAAUAUGGCCACAGGACUAAAAAAUGCUUCUGAUAAAAUGAUCGAGAAACUUUGGCAACUGGGGUGGCAUAUGCUGAUAGUGAUAGGUAAAAUUCAUAUUUUGUGAAAAUUGUUUGUAAGAGUUUUGGGUUGUAUAUAGGAAUGGAGGGAGCAUACUUCCGUAAUGUUUAUUUCCUUUUCUGUGAUAUACUUAACAGAAAAGGAAAAUUUGUAUUCUAUGGAUUGGAAUUUUGAUUGCUGUGAUGUUCCAUUUAUGGUUAAUUGUGUGUUUAAGAACUGGUAUUAAGAAUACACAAGUUGUAAAUUUUUAUUGAGGAAGCAAAUGUUUAUUAGUAUUUGCA